GGCUACUUCGGCUCUGAUCUGGGCCCAGAGACCACAACUCAGCCCCACUUCCUCAUGGGGGAGACUAGAAGGCAGUGUGCCUGGGUUCUGCAAGGGAGGGGAGAGUUGCCUCCGGGGACGUCACCCAGCAGACUUCCUCUCUAAGCCACACAGGAAGAAGAAAGGGCCCAGCACCCAGCACCCCUGGCCCAUUGCCUCAGCACAGGUCCCAGUCGGGACCCCCAGGGAAGCCUGUCCUGGCCACACUGGGCUGCACCCAUUCAGCAGGGGGACCAUGGGAUCCAGUAUCAAGGAGGAUCCCAAGAGCACAUUUGCUUGGUUCUUUGAGGCUGCCUACCCCACCUCCCUGCAGGACGCACCCCCCAUCUUGCGCCAAUUCCCUAAGGAUUUCUCUGAUGAGGAAUUAAUGCAAACAGUACCCAAAUUCUGUUUCCCUUUCGACUUGGAGAGGGCAGGCCACAGUCUAGCUGCCCAGCACUUCACCUUUGUCCUAACCGACUUGGCUGGGAGCCGAAGAUUUGGCUUCUGUCGCCUGGGGACCAGCGCCAGGAGCUGCCUCUGCAUACUCAGUGAUCUGCCCUGGUUUGAGGUUUUCUACAAACUGCUCAACAGUCUUGGGGACCUGUUAGCCCAAGAUCAGGUCUCUGAGGCUGAAGAACUUCUUUCUACCCUAUAUCUGCAUCCAGUACCUGGGCCAGAGGCCCCUUUGGGACUGUCCCUGGACCCACAGGAGAGCAAGCUAAGAAUUACCAGUCACCCCAGUUCCCUACCUCCAGCACCUGGGACCAACCAACUGCUCUCCUGCUUCAUUGCUCCAGAUUCUGGACGCCUGCCCUCCAUCCCAGAAAAUAGGAACCUGACAGAGCUGGUGGUGGCUGUGGCUUCAGAGAACAUCGUGGGCCUCUAUAGCUCUCUGCUCAGUGAGCGGAGAGUUCUGCUUACUGCCAGCAAACUCAGCACGCUGACCGCCUGCGUCCAUGCGUCCUGUGGCUUGCUGUAUCCUAUGCAUUGGGAACACAUACUCAUCCCCACACUACCCCCUCACUUGCUGGACUACUGCUGUGCCCCUAUGCCUUACCUCAUCGGUGUUCACACCAGCCUCAUUGAGAGAGUGCGGGACAAGGCCCUGGAGGAUGUGGUCAUCCUGAAUGUGGACACAAACACCUUGGAGUCACCAUUCCAGGAUGUGGACACACUGCCCCCAGAUGUGGUGUCUCUCUUGAGACUAAGGCUAAGAAAGGAAGCUUUGGCGGCUGGUGAGGGAGUAUCUCGCCUCUUCCUGAGGGCCCAAGCUGUGCUCUUUGGUGGCUACAGAGAUGCCCUGAUCUACAGUCACGGACAGCCCAUGAAGUUCAGUGAGGAGGCUUUUCUGGCUCAGAAGCCAGGACCCCUGCAGGCCUUCAGACAAAAUGCCAUCCACCUGCAACUCUUCAAACAGUUCAUUGACGAGCGCCUAGAGAAGCUGAAUUCUGGGGAAGGCUUCUCAGACCCGUUUGAGCAGGAAAUCACUAGCAAUGGGCUGGCCUCAGGAAGCCAUCGAUCCUAUCAGCUCUGGGCAGACAAUCUGAAAAAAGGUGGAGGAGCCCUCUUGCAUUCUGUGAAAGCCAAAACCCAGCCAGCUGUGAGGAACAUGUACCGCUCUGCCAAGAUCGGACUCAAGGGAGUGCAAAAUCGACUAAGGUACAAGGAUAGUGACCUCUUGCUGAAGAGGGGGGGUUCUCUCAGGGUCCCAGCCCUUGACAACCGCUCAGAACGUCUCCAACACCGUCUACCCAUCACCCACCACUUCGGCCAGUCCAGGCCCCUUCGUCCCAGGAGGUCCCAAUCCCACUUUGAGGACGAGGCACCCCAGAGAGAGGAACAAAGGGAACCGCUGUCUGGGCCCAAGGAACCCUGGGGACUAGAAGACUUGGACAGCAACUUCCUGGGCUCAGGAGAACUGGACUUGCUUGGGGAGAUUCUUGACAAUCUUAGCAUUGGAAUGUCUGGGCCUGGAGAAUCCCCUACUCUGCACCCCAGCCACAGCUUGGACAGCUGCCACUUGGGUCGGGGCAGCUGUUUCAACUUGGUGAGCCCCCUUUUAAAGUCUCCAGCUCAUACCCACUGGACCACCCACUUCAACUAG